CUUGCCGCGCCAUUGUGUAACGCUUUGUUUCGCUGCUAAAUUUCCUUCUCUGCAGACAAUUGCGGAGUCUUCAUUCUAGGGAAUGGUUGAACUUGUUUCUCAACCAUGGUUAGAAAACAGGAAGCACAGAGAUGAUCGCUAAGACCAUUGAGAAGGGGAGAAAAAUGUAAAUCAGAAAAUUGGAGUGCUUGAUUGGUUGGUAUGCGAAUAGUUAUUGUGGUAGCGUUGCGUUUUGGUCGUCCUCGCAACCUCAGCUGUUCUUGGAGGGAAAAUAACGUAUUGGAUUCUAUAAAGGCUGUCAAAUGAUAGUUUAUAAAAAGCGUAGAAGAAAAGUUGACCCGGUCAAGCAAAUCUUGGCUCGAAUCGACGAAAAACAGAGCAAGACAGGGUUAUCAUUAUACUCAACAACUGAUGUCCAUGAACCAGCAAAGGAAGAUGUUUUACCUAUGGUAAAUCCCUCAAGUGAGCCUACCUCAGUGUUAAGCAAGAACUCUUCAUUUUUCCCUGACCUGUCAGCUGCCCGUCAGAAGGCUCACAGAAGAUUAAAUGCAGGGUUACAACAUGCUGUGGAUGACAGUGAUCAGAAGGCAGCACUGUACAUGCAGGCCAAGGCAGACAGACAAUUAAACUUGACAUUUCCUCCUGCUAAGUCACGGGGAACAACAGCUGCUGAGAAUCAAGACAGACUGGGUUAUGCAUUCAGUGGCUGGUCUGAUAGUCCUUCAGCAGGGGUGGAAAAUCUUCGUUACAAUUCUCGCACCAGUUUGAAUCCCUUUGGAUACAACAGAAGAACUUUGGCAUUUCAACCAACUUCACUAAAUUAUGUUGUGGAAUGGCCUGAAACUUGGCCCUUGAAGAUCAUGAGUCUAGGUAAAGGAACUGGGCCAGCACACAGACGGAAAACAAAACCCAAGCCUAAAGUUCAUCGCAGAGUGCACUUUGAAACGUCUCCAGUCCCUUCCAAUUCAAGAACGAUUUCAAACAGAGUGUCCACUCAAACUCUAGAUGAUCCCGUACCAGAUCAGACUAAACAGGCUUUACCCGACAUACAGAAUCCUUCAACAAGUGUAGCAGUGGGAUCAGCUCUGCAAGGGCCUCAUGUUGCAGAAUGUCCUACCCAUAACAAUAAUGCUGAGGUUUUAUCUCAAGGAAGUUACCCUGACAGAACCAUGCUUGGUGUGGGAGAAGGACUUAAUUCAGAUAUAUCAAGAGUGUACUCUGAUGCGAGCUCGAUAUCUGAAAGUGCCUUUGCCAGUAUAUUGGAGGGCAAGGCUACCGAAGAACCACAUGAGACAGAGAAGCAGCAAACUGACAGUAUACCCUCGUGUAGCCCAACCCCCAUCAAAACAGCGGGUGAAAUGGUAGAUGAUGAACCAGAGAGUGUUGUGGAUUCAUUAGGGGUUGAAGAUAAGAUGGAAAACGAACAGUCACAAGAUCAAGUGAUGGACAUCGUGACGGAGAUAGCUGCAGAAACACCUGCAGAGGAUUACAUGCAGAACAUUUGACAGUUGCGGCUACGCGACCUGAGAGAGGCAUGCUUGGAAUAUAUUCGCUGGCCAGAGACAAAGCAGGCACCUUGUGUGAGAAGUGAGAGCUCCAUUGACAGUGUUUAAUACUGAAUGUUUUUUAAUUUAUUCUAUGUUUUCAGGUAGUCUCUUGCAGAGAACGAACUUACGUCCUGAGUAACAUUCGAAGAAAAACAGAACAUUUAAUUUUAGGGGGGGUAAGGUUCUAAAGAAACUGUAGAGCUGCGUCUGGGAGAGGUAUUACAAAAUGAUUUGGUUAAAUCAAAUGAGCUGAAAAUGUAAACUGGCCACCGUAAAGAGUUUAAAAGCUGACGUUUCGAGCGGUGGCCCUUUGUCUGUCGCUCUGACGAAGGGCUAACGCUCGAAAUUUCAGCCUUUAAACUCUUUUCGGUGGCCAAUUUACGUUUUCAACUCUGAUGUUAACUCUAAAUGACCUGUUAUCUUGUGAUACAUUUUAUUUGUCAGCUUGUUCGUAUAACUUUGCCCCUUGCAUAGCAAUUUGAAAACGACAGAAGGCUUUCGGCUUUUGCUGAUCGAAACUUGAAGAUUUUCUUUCCCAAAACAAUAUCAUUUUUAUAUUAUAUUUUAUAAAUUCCUCAAGAGUGCUAUAAAAGAUAUAAGUGUGUUUCAGUAUAAGCUUUACAUAAAAGAGUGUUUUUAUAUAAGAUUAUAUACAUACAUAAAGAAGAGUAUAUUCGGCUUUAUUUUACUUUUUUUUCCUAAAGAAAAAUACGUAUGUACGUUUCAUCGGAGAUGGGUGCGGCUAAUAGUGAUUAAAAUGCCACUGCAUGUUUCCGAUAAUGGCAACGGCAACCGGUGAAAAUCUUGACCUUACUCGUUCUUCCUUUCAAGCUUUUAACCAGCUUCGUAUAGAAAAGAGAAAAAUGAGUACUGAUGCAAGAAUGUUCACUCAAGUGUGUUAAUGGCUAAAGGCAGGCGGCAAGAACUUCAAUUUUUUUGCCGAUUGACAUUCUCCGUUAAUGUCCUUUUUAACCAGUUUAUUACGAUCAAUGGCUACGGCAAGUGUAAACGAUAGAAUUCAGUACUGAUUUUGCCUUCUUUUAAAAUUACAGAAAAGUUUAAAAUUUUAUCUCAUUCACAAUACAAGGUUCUAUGUUUCUGACACAACAAAAGCAAAUAUUUGAACUUAUUUCACAAACUGUUGAAAGGCACACCGCAAAAGUUUAAGUUUUGCCGCUUGCCGUUCGCUAAAACGUGAUUAAAUAUUUUUAUUGUUGUUAUCUUUUUUCUUCUACUUUAUCCAUGGCAUGGCAUGCAGCAGUACAAGGUAUUAAUAAGUGAUUAUUCCAUGUUUCUUUCUUGGGUUGCGUAGCGUAUGGGUAGCGUUGCCCUGGUUGUGAUAGCGAGGGAACAAAAGGGCGCUAGGGGACGCUUUUAUAGUUAUUGUGUAAAGUGUGUAUUUGGGGAAAAGCGACUAAGGUGAAACGCUUAUUGACUGAGUUGGGUUAGGCUGAGUGGACUGACUGGUUUUUUUGGCCCUCAGUCACGACGUGCGGACCCAGGGUCGUCAAAAAGAUUUUGAUUAACUGGACUGUGAUUCUAGGAGGCGGUACCAGGGGUAAUCGUUGACAUGCCUCCAUGCCGAAAAUUGAGCCACACACAUUCGGAAUAACUAGCGCGUUUUUCAGUGUAGAUGGUGAAACGCGCCGAUUGCUGUCUUAUUUUGAAAACCCUGUGGACCCUAAGAUCUCGUGCGGCUCCACCAAACUCAGUCAUAAAGUACUUAAUGUUAACAAUUACCAAAUGCCAUGAUUUUGGUUAAAAAUUUGCGUUCAAAACGCACAAACUUAAGAUUUUACAGAUUUAGGCCUUCUUAAGAGUUUGAGAUUAUUGCUUUAUUGAAUAGAGAUUUAUUAUAUAUUUGUACAAAACGUAUUUCUUCAAAAUUUAUGAAAUUCGGACACAUUUCAACUGUUGGUCUGUUUAUAG